CCACUCAAAAAAAAAAAAAAAAAAAAAAAAUUGCCUACUUAAACCUCCUCUCCACCGCCUCAUACACCAUUACCAUCAAAUAUUACCAACUUGUCUUUCUUCUCAUCUCUCUAUUUUCUAAGUAACAAGGUGAUCAAAAUUGUAGUGAUCAAGAUGUCUUCUUCUGAAGGAGGGAAAAAGUUGCAAAAAAGCUACUUUGAUGUGGUGGGAUUAUGUUGUUCCUCAGAGGUACCUCUGAUUGAAAACAUUCUCAAACCUCUUCAAGGUGUCAAAGAGGUUUCUGUUAUAGUUCCAUCAAGAACAGUCAUCGUUGUUCAUGACACUCUUCUCAUUUCUCAACUUCAAAUUGUUAAGGCAUUGAAUCAAGCAAGACUAGAGGCAAAUAUAAGAAUAUAUGGAAAUGAAAAUCACAAAAAGAAAUGGCCAAGUAUUUACUCAGUUGCUUCUGGUUUGCUACUAUUGCUUUCAUUUCUCAAAUUUGUGUACACUCCCUUCAAAUAUGUUGCUCUUGCUGCUGUUGUUGCCGGCAUUUAUCCAAUCUUCUUGAAAGCUAUUGUUUCCAUUCGGAAUCUUAGAAUUGACAUUAACAUUCUUGUCAUCAUAGCAGUUGCUGGGACAAUUGCUAUGAAUGAUUAUUUGGAAGCAGGCACCAUUGUUUUCCUCUUCUCAAUUUCAGACUGGUUGGAGUCAAGUGCUAGCCACAAGUCAAAUGCUGUGAUGACAUCGUUGAUGAGCAUUGCGCCUCAAAAAGCAGUGAUAGCUGAAACAGGAGAGGACGUGGAUGUUGAUGAGGUCAGAGUAAAUACAAUUUUAGCAGUCAAAGCAGGAGAGAUUAUUCCUAUUGAUGGAAUAAUUGUAGAUGGUGACUGCGAAGUCGAUGAAAAGACAUUGACAGGGGAAUCAUUCCCUGUAGCCAAACAAAAAGAUUCUACAGUAUGGGCUGGCACAAUCAAUUUAAAUGGUUAUAUUAGUGUAAAGACUACUGCAUUAGCUGAAGACUGUGUGGUGGCUAAAAUGACAAAGCUAGUGGAAGAUGCUCAAAACAGCAAAACAAGCACUCAGAGAUUGAUAGACAAGUUUGCCAAGUUUUAUACACCAGCUGUUAUUUUCAUAUCAACUCUAGUAGCAGUGGUUCCAGUUGUGUUAAAAGUACAUAAUGAGAAAUACUGGCUUCACUUUGCACUGGUUGUUUUAGUAAGUGCAUGUCCAUGUGCACUAAUCCUUUCAACACCAGUUGCAACUUUUUGUGCUUAUACCAAAGCAGCUACAUCUGGUCUUCUCAUCAAAGGGGGUCAUGCUCUUGAAACACUGGCAAAGAUUAAGGUCAUGGCUUUUGACAAGACUGGGACCAUAACAAAGGGUGAAUUUGCGGUCACAAAUUUUCAAUCUCUUUCAGAUGACAUAGAUUUGAACACAUUGAUUUACUGGGUGUCAUGCAUUGAGAGCAAGUCAAGCCAUCCAUUGGCAGAAGCAAUUGUUGAUCAUGGAAGGUCUCUCUCUAUUGUGCCAAAUCCAGAAAAGGUGACAGAAUUUGAAAAUUUUCCUGGAGAAGGAAUCUGUGGAAAAAUUGAUGAGAGAGUUCUGUACAUUGGAAACAAAAAGAUAGCAACAAGAGCAGGGUCUGAAACAGUGGUUCCAACCUUAGAAGGUGAAGCUCAUGGAGGAAAGACCAUUGGAUACAUAUACUCAGGACCAACCCCAGUUGGAAUUUUCUCUCUAUCUGAUACUUGUCGAUCAGGAGUUCAGGAGGCAAUAAGGAAGUUGAAGUUAUUGGGAAUCAAAACUGCCAUGCUCACUGGAGAUUGUCAAUCAGCUGCAAUGCAAGCACAAGAGCAGCUAGGUCAUGCCCUGGAGUUGGUCCAUGCGGAACUUUUGCCAGAGGGCAAGGUAAAAAUCAUCACAGAAUUUAAAAAGGACGGCCCAACGGCCAUGCUGGGAGAUGGUUUAAAUGAUGCACCCGCAUUAGCUUCAGCUGAUAUUGGAAUCUCGAUGGGCAUUUCAGGUUCUGCACUUGCAAGUGAAACCGGCGACAUAAUUCUUAUGUCGAACGACCUUAGGAAGAUACCAGAAGCCAUUAAGCUUGCAAGAAAAGCACGAAGGAAAGUGAUAGAGAACAUUGUAUUGUCAGUCAUCACUAAGGUUGCCAUUCUUGCUUUAGCCAUUGCUGGUCACCCAAUUGUGUGGGCAGCAGUUCUUGCUGACGUUGGAACAUGUCUGUUGGUCAUUUUAAACAGCAUGUUACUUCUGCCAAGAGGGCACAAGCAUGGAGGAAAAAGUUGUAAAUCGUCAAAUCAACAUCAUGUCCACAAAAAUGGAUGUGGCGACACAAACGACGGCUCCUCUCAUCAUCAUGAUCAUCGCCACCAUCAGCAUCAACAUCAUAGCCAUAAGCGUUGUUGCUCAGAAAAAGCUCAGCCCCAGAAGUGUGCCUCCCAGUCAUGCUCCUCAAAGAAUCCAUCCUGCACUUCAAAUCCAAGUUUAAUUGGAAAUGUUAACCCUCUCAAAAACAUGGAGAAUCAUGAUCACUGUCAUCAAGGAAGCUGCGACAAGAGUCGAGAUGGAGUCCAGAAGCAUAAUAUUGAAAACAAGUUUUGUUCAGAUUUUCAUGAUUUGAAUCUAAAUGCAGAAGAUAUUGGAGCAGAUGCGGUGAACAGUCAUGGCAAUUGCCAGGGACAUAAGUCCCACGGGACAAAACACUGCCAUUACAAAAAUAUCAACAUGGAUACUCAUGAUCACACUUCACUUGGUUCUCAUUGCCAUCUCAGUCCCUGUGAUAAGAAAGAAACUCAACAAGUCACUAAGCAUUGCCAUUCGAACCAUGGUUGUGAAAAUCUGAAAGACCAUGGAACCAUUCAUGACAUUCAGCACCAGAAAUCAGGUUGUCAUUCUGAUUUUAAGAAGCACGAGACAGAUGAAAUAUCUAUUGACAUCAUAACCGAGCACGUUGAAUUAGCCUCGAUGCAUGGUUGUUCAAAUCUGGCAGAGAAAGAAAAAGAUUCUUGUAAAGACUGCCCCAAAUUGCCUGUUGUGUGUGGUGGCUGUGAGGGUCCAAAUGAGAGGGAAGUUAGUCCAUGUUGCAAGAAUGAGGGCUAUUCAAAGGAAUCGAUAGAAUCGUCAAUUAUGCAUGCUUGCAUUAGUUUUGACAAGAGAGAAGUUGGUGGAUGUUGCAAGAGCUACAUGAAGGAAUGCUGUGGCAGGCAUGGACAUUCAGGGGCUGGUAGUUUCGUAGGUUUAUCAGAAAUUGUUACAGAAUAGGUGUAACUGACUCCAGGCAGCAUAAGCAACAAAGUUAGCAAUCUUGUUUAUGCAAAUUAAUGUUUACCAUAUGGAAUAACAAAUAUGGAAAACUUUAAAUAAAUAAUUGCAAUUGGUUAUAUUUAAUAGGCUACAACAUCUUGAUCUUGAUACAGGGACCAGAAUUGUGGGAUGAAUAGAUGAUAGUUUUUUAUGCAAACAUUUCUUUGUUUA